CGAACGACCAUGGCGUGGCAGGAAGAAGUACCCUGAGAUCAUGCGUUAUCGUAGGGACAUGCGCGCUGGCUAUGGGUAUCAAUGCUCUAUGUGCGGCGUCAGCCUCGAUUGCGCUGCCUACAAUCGGAAAGGAGCUCAAUAUCCCGGAGGAACGACUUCAAUGGAUUAUUUCCGCGUAUUCCCUAACCUCGGGAUGUUUACUUUUAUUUUUGGGCAGGCUCGCAGACUUGUACGGAAGGCGAAGAGCAUUCGUGCUUGGCUCGUUGGGUCAGGUCGCGUUCAGUCUGGGAUGCGCAUUUGCGAAUGAUGAAAUCACUUUGGACGUUUUACGAGGCUUCCAGGGUAUCGGUGCUGCCGCCACUAUUCCUGCAGGCCUCGGUAUCCUGGCGCACGCAUUCCCGCCUUCAAAAGCGCGUUCGUGGGCUUUUGCGACGUUCUCCGCAGGAGCACCUAUUGGCGCUGCGCUAGGCUCUAACGUCGGAGGUGUACUGACACAGGUAACCGAGAAGACCUGGCGCUCGACGUUUUACUUCACCGCGGGUCUCAGCGCCCUUGUUGUAAUCGGCGCUAUCGUAUCAAUAGACACAGACAAGCCAUCGGACGAGCUGGACAGACGAGUCGAUUGGAUCGGGGCUGCACUCGUUACAGCGGGCCUUACGCUUAUCGUCUUCGUGCUCAGCGACGGAGAGAUCGCCCCGCAAGGAUGGCGGACUUCAUAUAUUAUUGCGCUGCUCAUUAUCGGUGUCGUGCUCACCGUUGGCUACCUGUUCUGGCAGCUCUACCUCGAGCGCGUGCAAGACUCGCCGAACCCCUCGAAUUCGAAGUGGACGCCCCCGCCGCUCAUGCGGCUCUCGAUAUGGAAGCGCGCGCGGGGCAAGUUCGCGGUCAUGCAGUGGGUCGCAUUCCUGAACUAUGGGUGCUUCGUGACAUGGCAGCUGUGGGCACAGCUGUACUACCAAGACUUCUUGCACCUCAACCCCGUCUUGACGAUGGUCCGCUUCAUUCCCAUGUUCGUGACCGGGUUCAUUUGCAACGUCAUCGUUGCUCUUCUCAUCUCUCGUGUGCCCGUUGUUUUGCUGCUCGUUUUUGGCACUGCAUUGACGGGUUGUGCCGCACUUCUGUUCGCAGUAGUUGGGCCUGGCGCGCCGUACUGGGCUUAUGGCUUCCCUGGCGCGAUCUUAUCGGUUUUCGGGACUGAUUUCAUGUUCGCCUGUGGCACGAUCUUUGUUGCGAAGGUGGCCCUACCGCACGAGCAAAGUGUCGCCGGUGCCUUGUUCAUGACCAUGACACAGAUUGGCACUGCCUUUGGGUUAACAAUCAGUACAAUUGUCUAUGACCGCGUCCCGUCUCAGCAGUCCCGGGCUAUGGGUGUGACACCAGUUCAGGGUGGUGCAAAUGUGCCUCAUCUUGCACAACUCAAGGCGUACCAAGGUGCUCAAUGGACAUGCUUUGCAUUUGGAAUGCUAGCAUGCUUAUUAGCGCUGGUAUUCCUCCGUGGCACUGGCAUCAUUGGACACCGAGAACCAAAGGCAUUGGAUAGUGAAGUGACUGUGGGGCAGAGUCCCGCUCAGGAUGUCCAGAACAAGUCUUGA